AUGGAACUUACAAUGGAGAACCUGGGCAACCUGCACGGCGUGCCGCACUCGCAGGCGGGGGAGCUGCUGAGCCCCGCGCACAGCCGCCAGGCUUCGCACCGCAACCUGGUGAGCCACGGCCGGCCCGCCAUGGUGUCCAGCAUGGCCUCGAUCCUGGAGGGCGGCGACUACCGGGCCGAGCACAGCCUGGCGGCGCCGCUGCACCCGGCCAUGAGCAUGUCGUGCGAGUCGCCGUCCGGCAUGAGCCUGAGCAGCACGUACACGACGCUGACGCCGCUGCAGCACCUGCCGCCCAUCUCCACCGUGUCCGACAAGUUCCACCACCCGCACCACCACCACCACCACCACCACCCGCACCAGCGCCUGGCCGGCAACGUGAGCGGCAGCUUCACCCUCAUGCGCGACGAGCGCGGCCUCGCCUCCAUGGGCAACCUCUACGGCCACUACCCCAAAGACAUGCCGGCCAUGGGCCAGCCCCUGUCCCCGCUGCCCAACGGCCUGGGCUCCUUGCACAACGGCCAGCAGCCGCUGGCCCCCUACGGCCCCGGCGGGCACCUGGCCAACGAGAAGAUGCUCUCGCCCGGCGGCUUCGACUCGCACGCGGCCAUGCUGUCCCGCAGCGAGGAGCACCUGGCCCGCGGGCUGGGCGCGCCCGGCUCGGGCAUGAUGCCGCCGCUCAAUGGCAUGCACCCGCACGGGCCGCCGCACGCCCAGCCCAACGGCGCCUCCACCUCCGGCUCGCAGGCCGGCGGCUCCGGGCAGGUGGAGGAGAUCAACACCAAGGAGGUGGCGCAGCGCAUCACGGCCGAGCUGAAGAGGUACAGCAUCCCCCAAGCCAUCUUUGCCCAGAGGAUCUUGUGCCGCUCUCAGGGCACCCUCUCGGACCUGCUGCGGAACCCCAAGCCCUGGAGUAAGCUUAAGUCGGGCCGGGAGACCUUCCGGAGGAUGUGGAAGUGGCUGCAGGAGCCCGAGUUUCAGAGGAUGUCGGCGCUGAGGCUCGCAGCUUGCAAACGCAAAGAGCAGGAGCAGCAGAAAGACCGGAGCCUGCAGCCCAAGAAGCAGCGGCUGGUCUUUACGGACCUCCAGCGCCGCACCCUGAUCGCCAUCUUCAAGGAGAACAAGCGUCCCUCCAAGGAGAUGCAGAUGACCAUCUCGCAGCAGCUGGGCCUGGAGCUCAAUACUGUCAGCAACUUCUUCAUGAACGCCCGCCGGCGGUGCAUGAACCGCUGGCAGGAGGAGCCUGGCACCAACCCCGGGGUCCCCUCUUCUUCUACAAGCACUUUCUCCAAAGCAUGAUGUUCCUUCUUGGCCCCUCUGUAACCCCUGACCACUCCUUCCUCAUGAGAAAUCCAACCACACACUUAGACACAUGCACCAAUCAAAUGACAAGUCAAACUGACCCAGACCUUAUGGAUGGGUGCUCUUGGGUGCUGCAGGGAAGCUGGCCUCCGCCUCUGGAUUUUGGCCUACUCCCAUGUUUUGCCUUCAUAGUCCAGUCCCAGAAGAAGCUCAUGGCAGAGGGGCAGUUUCCUUUCUCUUGGCGCUCUGAGGAAACUUCCAGUGGAGCGAGUGAUGCCCAAACCACCUGAAGUCCAAACCAUCCUUGCAACUCUCACGGUUCACACAGGAUAUGAGGCCUCCUGUUCCUUCCCCGUGAUCCAGCCACGGAGGAGAGAUGCCCUCUCCUGCUUCUGCCAACAAAGGAGGGUGCAUCCCUCCCCAAACAUGUCUCCUUACACUCUGAUGUAUUUACUAGGCUCACCUUUAAACGUCACAUUAUUAGCCUCUCCCUUCACAGGAUAAGAUACAAGAUUUGAGGCCUGAGAGAUGGGCUCCAGCUCAUGCAUUUAGAACCAAAUUCCAUACAAUUUCAGUAAAGAAGAGCAGCCAACCUCUCCACAUUUCCGGCAUUUACAUA